GGGCACGUGAGUGUGGCACACCUCCUCUUGGAUCAUGGAGCAGACGUCAAUGCCCAGAACCGGCUGGGGGCCAGUGUGCUCACCGUAGCCUCUCGGGGUGGCCACCUGGGCGUGGUGAAGCUGCUGCUGGAAGCCGGUGCCUUUGUGGACCCCCCAGGCGAGCAGCUGAGGGCAGGGGGCCGCAGGGACGAGCUGCUGAACAUCACAGCCCUGAUGGCUGCCGCCCAGCACGGGCACGAGGCUGUGGUGCGGCUGCUGAUGGAGUGGGGGGCGGACCCCAACCACGUGGCCCGGACCCUGGACUGGAGCCCGCUGAUGCUGGCCGCGCUGGGCGGGAGGCUAGGCCUGGCCCAGCAGCUGGUGGAGAAGGGGGCCAGCCUGGACCACCUCAGCGUGCUGGGGAAGACUGCUUUCGAGGUUGCACUGGAGCGCGAGCACAGGGACCUUGCGGACUAUCUGGACCCACUGACCACCGUCAGGCCCAAGACAGAUGAGGAGAAAAGACGACCUGAUAUUUUCCAUGCGUUGAAAAUGGGAAACUUCCAGCUGGUCAAGGAGAUUGCCGACGAAGACCCCAGCCACGUGAACAUGGUCAACGGGGACGGGGCGACCCCUCUGAUGCUGGCCGCUGUCAUGGGACAGCUGCCUCUGGUGCAACUGCUGGUGGAGAGGCAUGCCGACGUGGACAAACAAGACAGUGUGCAUGGCUGGACCGCCCUCAUGCAGGCUACCUACCACGGGAAUAAAGAAAUUGUCAAAUACCUGCUAAACCAAGGGGCUGACGUCGCUCUUCGGGCAAAGAAUGGGUACACGGCCUUUGACCUCGUGAUGCUGCUGAAUGACCCUGACACGGAACUCGUCCGACUGCUGGCGUCUGUCUGCAUGCAGGUGAAUAAAGAGAAAGGGCGGCCCAGCUCCCAGCCGUCCCCACCGCACCCCAAGGCCAGACAGCCCUGGAGCAUCCCAGUGCUGCCCGACGACAAGGGCGGACUCAAGUCCUGGUGGAACCGCAUGUCCAAUCGGUUCCGGAAGCUGACUCGUGAGAACGCCCCAGGUCCUCAGCCGUCUUCCAGUGCAGCCCCGAUUGGCCGGGUGCAGUUACUGAGGUCCAGAGAAGCACAGCCCCUGCUCAUGGACCUGCAGCAAAGCAGGACAGGCCCAGGGAGGGAACCCAGACGCCUGCCCCUCCUGCCCUGGCACUCCUGUCCCGCCUCCGUGUGCCCUGCAGAGGGUACCUGUGUGCCUGCCCGUCUGCCUGUGGCAGAUGGUGGACGGCGGGGCACCCAGCAGAGCGGGCCUUUGCAGCCAUUGACACCCAUCAGACCAGUUAAAUUCCCAAGUCUCUCCAGGAGCCCAGUGUCUCCUGCUAAUUCUGGAAACUUCAACCAUUCACCUCAUUCCUCGGGCGGCUCCAGCGGGGUAGCGGGCGUUAGCAGGCAUGGCGGGGAGCUGCAUAACCGCUCAGGUGGCAGUGCUGAUAGUGUCUUGUCUCAAAUCGCCGCCCAGAGGAAAAAGGCAGCUGGCUUAUCAGAGCAGAAGCCCAGCCGGCGAUCAAGCCCUGUCAGGCCAGCGCCAGGGUCCAGCCCGUCGGAGCUCCCUGUCUCUCCAGCAGGGGGCAGUGUUCCUGGCAGCAAGAAAUCGGAGACGAGCCAAAGGCCUCAGUCUGGGACAUCGACUACCUCCAAAAGCACCUCCCCGACCCUCACGCCCUCCCCGUCGCCCAGAGGGCACACCGCGGAGUCCUCGGUGUCGUCCUCCUCGUCCCAUCAGCUGUCCAAGAGCAGCGGGGGCUCCAGCAGCGGCACCAUCACCGACGAGGAUGAGCUGACUGGAAUCCUUAAGAAAUUGUCACUUGAGAAAUACCAGCCCAUUUUUGAAGAACAAGAGGUGGACAUGGAAGCUUUCCUCACGCUCACUGACGGUGAUUUGAAGGAGCUGGGCAUCAAGACGGACGGAUCCAGGCAGCAGAUUCUGGCGGCAAUUUCUGAACUGAAUGCGGGAAAGGGACGAGAGAGGCAGAUCUUACAGGAAACCAUUCACAACUUCCACUCUUCCUUUGAGAGCAGUGCCAGCAACACCAGGGCUCCUGGAAACAACCCCUGUGCAUGA